AUGCCCUCCAAGCAGCCUGCGGUGGCUGCACAUGACCGCGCAACGACCUCAUAUGCGCCAGAGUCACUUGUGUUCCCUCUCUUGACCAGUCUAGCUGACAUUGUAUUCCCAGACGACCUUCCUACCGAGCACGAACUACAGGCGUUCAGCAUUCGAGUAGAGAUGAAGCCUGGCGUCUUCAUGCCAAUUGGCCCGGUGAAGGGUCUGGAGUGCCCGAUAGUCAAUUGCCUGCCGCCAUCCGGACCGUACUACGACGAGUUCAUUCUCAAAAGCGCCUUCGGCGAAGUCAUGUUCGAUCUGUACGCUAACGGCGAGAUCCGCAAGGCUCACGGCCACAAGGUGGUCAAGACACAGCACCUUCGCCCCGGCGUUGGCGAAUUCUUAUACCUCGUCAAAGCUGGAGUGGUGCACAGCUUCCGAAAGUUCACGGACGUUGUCAAGGUAAACCAAGAUCAUCCGCUCGUACGUGAGCUCUACCGCACGACCUCGAUGCGACUACAUACGCCGGGAAUGACUGUCUGGUCUAAGUCAGGGAAGGGUCAAAAGCAGUCAAGGCCAAGCGUUGAAGGGCCUUUAAAUCCUGGGGGCAUUAUUUCGCAUGUGCCGGAAGAAGUGCAGCAAGCGCAAACGCCGGUAUACAGCUCAACCCCUAAUGACAGGGAUUUCAACCACGGCGUGGAUUUCAGUCGUGAUCCCAGGCUUAUGGCUCGGCGCGUGAUAGACGAAGAGGAUGGGGUACUUGGUGGUGGAAUCGCACCGAUUGUCGAUCAGCCAGUGAUACAUGAGUCUGGCGAUGGCGAUAUUGAAGCGAGCGCCUCCGAACAAGACUUGUCACACCAGUCUGAGCGGAUCCGCUUCCUGGAGGCCGAGAACAGGCGCCUAGUCGAAGAACUUCAGCAAGCUCGCAUUCAGUUGGUUGCGAAAGACGCUCGCCUUGCUAAGUUGACGGGUGACGGCGUCUCAACGGGCACAAGCGCCCCAGGACCUGAGGAGUGUGCAGCAUCUGAGGCGAUAUGCUCCCGCUUUCGCGAGUAG